GUUUGAUCGCGAGUCAUAUGAACACGCGACGUGGCUCUCCGGGCGAACGUUUUUCGACACAAAAUUUGGACUUGCGGGGAUAGGCUGCCAGGGAGUCACCGAUAUCCAAAUGGGAGAUAAGGUGGUUGUGUUGAAGAAUACGGAAUUUCCGAUGGUUAUUCGGGAGACGGAGGACAAGCAGUAUCAUACGAUUGUGGGGUAUGCGAUUGUGAGAGGGUUCAAGUACGAAGAAUUUGAGAAGUUGGGGAGGUUUCAGAAGCCGUUGAGGCAGGCAUUUUACUUCCGUUAAGGUUGCGGCUCUACA